AUGUCUGAAAUAAGAAGGAAAAAGGCUACAAGAGCUUGUUUUUAUUGUCAAAAAGCCCAUUUAACCUGUGAUGAUUCAAGACCAUGUCAACGAUGUAUAAAAAGAGAUCUAGCUGCAACUUGUACCGAUGGUAUUCGUAAGAAGGCAAAAUAUUUACAAGAUUCAAGUUAUAAUGCAUAUGAACUCGAUCAUCAAUUUUAUUACAAUAAUGAACUUUAUUCUAUAAAUCAACAAAACCAACAACAUCAUCAUAAUGAUAAUAAUAAUUUUCAACCUCCAUUAACUCCAACCUCAACUCAACCACCAACUCCUUUACAACAUCCACGUCCUAAUCCUUCAUUAAAUCAUAAUGAACAUUAUCAUCCACUUUCACCACUGAUUGAUAAUCGCUCUUUUCCAUCUCAUUCACCCAAUAUUGAUGAUGAAAUUCAUAAAAUUUCUCCAAUUUUUUCUCCUCCAAUACAAAAUCAAAAACCUUUAAAUCAACAAAAUCAACAAAUAUUGGUUUCAUCCUAUUUAGUUACAACACAACCUAGUCAACAACCCAGUCAACAACCUGUUUUCAUGCAUAAUGGAUUUAAUACAAAUCCUGCUGCUUCUAUUACUAAUAAUAUUGUAGAUACAAGUACAUUAUUUGGAAGUGGAAGUUAUCCUAUUCAAACAGCUAAUUAUGGCUUUGGUUCAGAAACAAUAAAUCUAGAAUAUUCUGUUUUGGGCAAUAUGUUAUCUGCAUCAACAACUACUGAAGCAUUAAGUCCUCACACAGCAUUUGCUGAUAUUAGCUUUAAAAAAGACAAUUUAGGGAAAAAAAUUUCAAAUUCAUUAACUCUUGAGAAUGUUUAUGCAAAUGUUGACAAGCCAUUUUCUUAUACAGAAGGGUUUCAUUAUUUAGUAAAAUGGAUUAGAGAAAGGAUGGAUAAAGAACAUAUUGACCGAAUUGUUAAAGCUUUAGCAACUUUUCGUCCAUCUUUCAUAGCCUUAAUAAUGAAUUUAACAGAAGAUGAUUUAAUUUUCAUGGAAAAAUGUUUUCAAAGAACAAUACUGGAAUUUGAAAAGUUGAUUGGAUUUUCAGGUACACCAACUGUUGUAUGGCGUAGAACUGGCGAAAUUGCGCUAGUUGGAAAAGAAUUUACUCUAUUGACAAAAUGGACAAAAGAACAAUUACUUGGUAAAAAAACUUACAUAUAUGAGGUUAUGGAUAGUAAAUCAGCAGUAGAAUAUUGGGAAAAGUUUGCAGAACAUGCUUUUGAUAAUUCAAGGCAGUCAGACAUGAUGACUUGUAUAUUAGUUGGGGCAAAUGGUAUACAAGUACAAUGUACAUUUUGUUUUACAAUUAAGAGAGAUAUUUUUGAUAUUCCUUUGGCAAUUGUUGGAAAUUUAACCUGA